GAACAAGAAGCAUAAGCCUUUUAUAAGCGUAUAGUGGCGAUAAGAGAAGCAACAUCGGCAUUGGAACACAACUGAGCUGGUCCAGCACUCGCCGCGCCGUGAAAUAUUUCCGUAAUAUUUCACAAAAAUGGCUGCGGGAUUACCACGAAGAAUAAUAAAGGAAACCCAACGGCUUAUGGCAGAACCCGUCCCAGGUAUUUCAGCUGUACCAGAUGAGAGCAAUGCGCGAUACUUUCAUGUUGUGGUAGCAGGCCCAGAGGGAUCACCAUUUGAAGGUGGAGUGUUUAAACUAGAACUGUUCCUGCCGGAAGAAUAUCCAAUGAGUGCUCCAAAAGUCAGGUUCAUGACAAAAAUUUACCACCCCAACAUUGAUAAACUAGGAAGAAUUUGUCUGGAUAUCCUAAAAGACAAAUGGAGUCCAGCAUUGCAGAUUCGUACAGUUUUGCUGUCUAUUCAAGCUCUACUUUCAGCGCCCAACCCAGAUGAUCCCUUAGCUAAUGAUGUUGCUGAACUUUGGAAGGUGAAUGAAAUGGAGGCUAUUCGUAUUGCACGUGAGUGGACGCGCACAUAUGCCAUGGGCAAUUAGUGGCAAUCUUCAUUUGUUAUUAUUUUUUUCUAAUUGAAAAGAUACCACAUCUCAGGAUCAACAGGACAUUAUGUUGAUAAUGGAAAAAAAAGGAAAAAAAAAAGUGCAGACUUCUUAGUCAGGACAAAAGUAUGAACACCAACCAAGGCCAAGCUGCCCUUGUUGGGUUAAACAAGUGUAAUUAUCGGAGAUUAUCCUCUGCUUCUACACCUUAUCAAUAUAUAUCAUUCAGACCCCAGUCACUUGCAAGACUGGAUAACCUUGGCUAAGAUGAUCAUAAAAUGUAUGUGAAGUCUUUGUUUGACAGAUAAUAGACUAUGAAUACCAUCUGGAAGAGGAACAGCCAAUUAUUAGUUUUGGGCCACAACAAUAAUUUUUCAUUUUAUAGUUUAUCAUUUCAUUAAUAUUAUUUUUCAUUUUUUCUUGUACAUUUGUUCUAGUCUCGGUACUUGGAUGUCCUGAAAAGUCAAGUUCAAUUGUCAGCCUCUCCAACUUUUUGUUUUCCAUGGAACUUUUGUUUGGCAUGAUUUUCAAGUUGAUCAUAUGUAAUUAUUGUCAUUUGUCUCUCCGUCUUAGUUUAAAGGAAACCCGUGAUUUUGGGGUCACAUCAUAAGCAAGUAUCAUGUUUUUUGGCCCUG